AUGCUCGACAUUGACAAAAUAAAACGUGAAGAAGCCGAAUACCAGGCUCGUGGCACAAACAUGAACAUGGCGCCCUCUGCUGUCAACAGCCCGACCAUUCCUUACCCCUCCGGCCCUCCGCCACCUUACAGUCGUCCCUCAUACCCCGACGCCCGCACUCCUCCAGAAGCGCGUCGUCCAUCGCAAGAGGACCCGUCAAAACAGGCAAACAAGCAGUCGCUGCCUUCAAUCCACGAAGCUCUUGGAGUGGAACAGUCUGCCUCCUACCCUCCCGCCGCCCACAGACCCUACUCGUCGGCACCUCAGCCCGCUUACCACGCCCCAGUAACGGCACCUGCACCCCCUUCGCCCGUAUCUGCUAGACGCUCUUUCGCUGCCAUGGAACCCCCACCACCGCCGCAAUCUGCUGGUUUCGUUCACGCUCCUCGCAGUCCUUAUACACAACCUCACCAGGACGUGAGCCCACGUCACAUGUCCGAGCAUCAAGAACGACAAAGAUCUGCAUAUGCUCCUCAGCCACCCCCGUCGCUACAACCUGGCCAGUCUCCUCUGGCUCAUCAAUCACAAUACCCCCGCUCGUACUCUGUUGCCGGACCUUCGCCUUCCCACGAAAGGACUGCAUCUCACCCUCUUAGCAUGCCGCCUGCUGCUCCUCCACCAGCACCACACCACCCUCUCCCAUAUGGCUAUGCCCCUGCCCCUGCUCCUGCUCCUUACCCGUCUCACUAUGCAUAUCCACCCUCGGCCCCGCAUCCCGCAGCGACUACUUCUUCUAUAUACCAGCCAUCGAUUACCCAACCUGCUCCCCCUCAAAACAGCGAACCAGGCAGAGCUCCUUUUGGAGAUUCUGUGAAACGCCACCUGGACAUGUGGGACUUCGGAGAGGCUCUGAAUGAGAUUGCCGAGUCUAGUAGUUACAUGCUCGACUUCAGUCGCCAAUGUGGCGCUCGCCUCCACCAGUCUCAGAGAUCGGACCCUGCUCCUGGUACUCUGCCUCAGUUGCAAGAGAUUGACUAUCUGAUGGAAAAGUCUCGCCGUCAACUUGACUGCUACGCUAAAAUGCGAGAAUUCAUCAUCGCUCAGCAGACAGCCUACUUCCAACAGGCGCAAGAACAGCAAUUCAGAGCCCAGGAUGGUAUCAAGCGCGAUUCUGUUCACCAGACUGAAGAGUCAAAAGCUGGCGGGUUUGCUGGUGCCGAGGCCAAGAAGCGCAGAGGCCGUGCUGCUCCUCCUGGCAGAUGCCAUAGCUGCAACAGAGCCGAGACACCUGAAUGGCGUAGAGGCCCAGAUGGUGCUCGCACCCUGUGCAACGCAUGCGGUCUUCACUAUGCCAAAUUGACGAGAAAAGCCGGAAAGAAUGCGGCAGCAAUUUCCAGUUCCAAUCUUCGUCCCAAGGCUCCUGAGGACACACCGAACUGA